AUGCAUGUGAAGCUAUCAUGUCUUGCCGCGAUUGCGAUCGCCUUACUUCCAUCCUCGGUGGUCGCGCGGGGGAAGAAGAUCCCCUUCGGUCGCGACGUGCAACUCCUCGCGGAACUGGGGAUAGAGCCGGACCUUGACCGUCAUGAGUACGCAAGCAUUCAUUCGGCCGUUUCACACUCGGCGAUGGUGACGAUAAAAGACGAAUACGUCUCGAUCCCGAUCGAUCACAACAACGCAUCGGCGGGUACAUACAGAAACCGAUUCUGGGUCAGUGACGAGUUCUAUCAAGCCGGGAACCCGAUCUUGGUUUACGACGCCGGAGAGACGGAGGCAGCCUCGGUCGCGCAGGCGCACCUCACUUCGUCGCUGUCGUUCUUCCGGUCAACGCUGGAGGAGUUCAAUGCCAUGGGGAUCAUUUGGGAGCAUAGAUACUAUGGCAAAUCGACCCCGUUCCCGAUAGACUACGACACUCCGUCAGAGAACUAUCAAUACCUCACAACCAAGCAAGCGCUCGCAGAUCUCCCGUACUUUGCACGGAAUUUCAGUCGCAAGGCCCAUCCUGAUGUCGAUCUCACUCCCGCAGGAACCCCCUGGGUCAUGAUCGGUGGCUCGUACGCUGGCAUCCGCGCGGCCUUGACUCGCCAGGAGUACCCGGAUACCAUCUUCGCUGCCUGGUCCUCCUCGGCACCGGUCCAAGCCCAAGUGAACAUGACGAACUACUUCGACCAGGUCUACCGAGGAUUGGUGGCCAGUGGGUGGGCCAACUGCACCAAGGACAUUCGCGCCGGGCUAGAAUACAUCGACGAGCAGCUGUCGAGUAAUCAAACGGCAGGGUCGAUCAAGCAACUGUUCCUCGGCUCAGAAGCCGAGAAGAACUCCAACGGGGACUUCACCGCCGCGCUGGUGGCCAUGUACGGGAGUUUCCAGUCGUAUGGCAUGGACGGGGGCACGGCCAGCCUGGGGGCUUUCUGCGAGUACAUGGAAACCGACCCGAACACCAACCAGACUGCCGGUCCCGACGGGCUGGCCCCCAUCUACGGCAAGCAAUAUGUGGCGGAGCGCUGGGCGGCUUGGCCCGUGCUGACGGCCUUGGUCAACCAGAACAUGGACACCAAUUGCAGGCGCCAGAACACCAGCCAGCCGCUGGAGUGCGAUCUGAGCAAGCCGUACGGCGACCCUUCGGCCAUCAGCUGGACCUGGCAGUACUGCACCGAAUGGGGGUUCUACCAGGCCAACAAUGCCGGUCCCCACGCGCUGCUCUCAAGCUAUCAGACCCUCGAGUAUCAGCAGCAUAUCUGCAAUCGGCAGUUCCCCGACGCGAUCAAGAAGGGGCUAUUACCGGCCCAGCCUCUGACGGACCAGACCAACCGCGAGUUCGGCGGGUGGUCCAUCCGACCCUCGAACACAUAUACCAGUGGAGGGGAAUUCGAUCCGUGGCGGACCUUGUCCGUCCUGUCGACAGAGGACACGGCGCCCCAGGGCGUUCAAUUCUCCAGCGACAUCCCGUCGUGUGGAGUGACGACCAACGAGAAUACGGUCUUUGGAUAUAUCCUGGAGAACUCGGAGCACUGCUUCGACUUUCAGAUGCUCCCCACGGCCGGCAAACUGUCACGCGGGAUGUUCACCACGGCGCUGUUGCAGUGGCUGCCGUGCUUUGGAACAGGAGUGGGGGCGUCGACCAGAAGUUGA